AUGAUUUUAGUUCUAAUAGAAUUGGUUUGUUUCAGCUUGGCGCAGUAUCACAGUGUCUCAGUCAUUGAAUACACCCAAGUGGAGUGGUUGUAUUCUCUCGACGUUUGCUAUCAAGUCACUGCUGAGUUGUUUAGGAGAAACACAUACCACAAUUCAAACACUUUUAAUAUGACGACAUACAGUGACGACACAUGUACCACCGAAGUUAAUCGAGUGUAUGUGACGUCAGGGGAAGUUGCGACCGUUCGUUUUAAUUUGUAUGCGAUUCCUUUAGAGGAUAUAUCGUAUGAAUAUUUCAAAUUGGAAACCCCAGUGACCCCAGCCACAGUGGUGAGGAUAUUAGUUCCUUCAAACAAAUGUCAAUUAUGUGGAGUUGUUGAUUGUAGAACAACCGUGGGGUAUAUUCCAUCAAAUGACAUGCUUCACAUAGGAACGGAAUUUUUCAAGUCUUCGAAUGGGACGUGCGAAGGCGACGCACUUACUUUUCGACCCGAGACUCCGUGUGGAUUCACGAAUAAAACCCGAUAUGACACUUCGACAUUCUCAUACAUCACAUAUUCACAAAUUAUAAAAUGUAACUUUACAUGUGGGAAUGGUGGAGAGCUUUCAGACAAUCAAACGAAAUGUAUUUGUCGCGAAGAUGACCAUUUUGUGGUUGAUGCCGUUGAAGGUGAAGGACAUGGGAAGUGUCUUUGUGAUUCGAAAUACACUGAAAGUACAAUUGGGACGUGUGUUUUUGCAUGCAAAGGAAAGGGGAGUGUUUUAGAAAGUGGCGACAAGUGUAUUUGCGAUCAUUCACGUAAUUACUAUGGAGAGGAUCCAUUCUUUUGUUUGUACUAUUGCAUUGGGAGUGGCAACAUCACCAACAGUGACAAUGAUGGAUGUCAAUGUAAUGUUAAAGAAGGGUUUGCAUUGAUCAACGACACGUGUGUGUUUCAAUGUCCGAUCCAAGGAAGUGUUACAAACAAUGAAAAUGAUGGUUGUGAAUGUGAUAACAAGAGUGGGUACUUUUUCAUUAACAUGACAUGUGUUUUUGUCUGUUCAAACCGUGGAGAAAUAACAAAUGAAAGUAAUGAUGGUUGUAUAUGUGAUAAUUCUUCAAAUUAUUAUUUAGUAAAUAACACGUGCACGUAUUUGUGUAGCACAAAAGGGGAAAUCACAAAUAAGAAUAACAAUGGAUGCAUUUGUGAUGCUCAUUCUAAUUAUGAAAAUGUGAAUGGCAAAUGUGUACUUCAAUGUUCUUCAGAAGGGACUGUAUUGAACGAAAAUAACAACAGUUGUGUAUGCGACGAAUUCAACGGAUAUUUUCUUCACAAUGAGACAUGUCUAUAUCGCGACUUUACAUCUUUACUUUCUAUCUGGAUCACCUUUCUUUAUAUUGUGAUUGUCUGUAUUUUUCGAGUUAAAUGUUCUAAUAUCUUUAAUAGAAUAGAUAUAAUAUAUUAA